GGACGAGCAGCGCGAGGAGCGGCUUUACCCCGAGAGGCCGUGUUUUUUUUUUUUUCUCAACAAGGAUAGCAUUGGUCCUUCCUAUUUCGCUAGACCAUGGCUUCCGGAGAAGCCGUUUUAGAGGAAGACGUUAAUAACGUUCAGAGUGAUGCUGACGAGGACAGUGAGCCCGAAGAAAUUUUCUCAUCGGUGGGGGACUCUAAGGCGUCCAGUACAGCGGAAUAUGGAGGAAAAGCACAGCACGACUCUGAGGCUGAUAGAGGAGAUUGCAAAGGAACUGAGUCGCAAAAUCCAGAGCAAUCAAAAGACAUUACCUUUCUGAAAAAAUUAUCAAGUAACAUUGAGGAGACUCUGUCACAGGCAAAAUACAUCAGCCUACUUAAGGAUUUUGUCGAUUCCGAAUUUUUCUUGAUUGAUGGGGAUUCAUUAUUUCUUACCGGUCUUUUCAACAAGACUUUUAAAGCGGGACAACAUCUUCAUUUCUUCUACUUGAUAGAGCGCUUUCUGGAUGACUUCUCUCAGAAAAGAGUGAAAUUCGUCAUUGUAUUUUUUAAGGAUGUAGAAAAUAUGUACAAGGAUCUCAGCACUCGUUUCUUACGUACUGCAUUAAUUCAACAUCUAAAACGAAACACCGAGGUUACCAUUAGCACAGACUUUUCCAAUUGUUUAUCGCCCGAGUGGGAGAUUUUCCUUAAAGAAAGUUUUCCGUAUUUCAUCAUAGUCUCUGACGUAGGAACGACAGAACAACAAACGGACUACUUCAAUAUAUUCAUCAGCCAUACCCUUGGAAAGAAAAUCAAUGUGGUGCUGACUUCGGGACAGGAAUCCGAUAUCCUAAGAGCUUACGGGUACCACAUCCAGAGCUCGCCGAAGCACAGGAAAUUCUUCAGUGAGCAUGAGGAAGAGCUGCAAGAUGCUUGUGAGUCCAUAAUUCAGCAUUUUUCCGAAACCCAGGAUUCGGAAAUACAUUUAAAGCAGCACUUGGAUGCCAUUCAGACAGAGGUGCACCAAACACUACCCCCACUUAUAAAACUGUGGCCAGAAGGAGCUGACAUUCGACGAAUUGUGUGCGUUCUUUCAUGCUCAGUGGGCUUGAAAACAUAUAGUGACAUGUUAAAAGAUGCCGAUGUCUUUGAAAAACUAAAUGAAAACACUGAAAACGACAAUCCAAAGGAAACCAGCGAAGCACUGUCCCUGCAGGGUGUGGCCGACCUUUAUAGGAUGCAUUGCCUCUGUGUGGCUCUUCUUCUGCACUUGCCUCUCCCUCAGCGAGCUCGCAGCAGGAUCACGGGUUACGUUUGGAAGAACAACGUGUCCCCGUUCAUAAGAAUGAAAUACAGAUGUGAAUUUGUCAUCCUAAAGCACCUAAACGCCGUGAGCGACUGGAAAGUGGAUUUCACCUACCUGCCUGACUUAAGUGAUAAUUUGUUGUGGAAAAACGUAGCCCACUAUUAUGAAGUUGACAGUUGCCAAGGAUUAAAUCUAGAGUUAGGGGAAAAAAUUUUAAAAGAAUAUCAAGACUUAUGGGCCGUAGUAUUAAAACUGUCGGGAGAUUGUGACUUUGGAGGACCAAUUCCUGUGAGAAGCACCUCAGAGGCUUUCCUUAUAAAGAAACCAGGAGCUGGAGAAACAAAAGAAGAGAUUCCCAAGUUAGGGCUCAUCCCAUUGGAAUCAUCCAUAGUGAACGAUUAUGCAGGAGAUGUUCUGAAAAGUCUGCCUUUUCUAAGCAGUGAUGACCCAGCUAUCACUUCACUUAUUCAGGAGAAGGAAUCUGAUGAGUUGACACAGUGGGAUUUUAAUCGACCUCUCAGUGAUGAUUACGAGAGAACAAAACGCAGCCAGGAUGUAAAUACUAAAGACCCUAAAGAACGAAGAGGGAUACAGAAGUUGCAGUCCUUUUAUCAGCUGCUUGGCCAGUCAAUGCAAGGUAGCAGAUCAACAAGAAUUGUAAGCCAGGUGGCUGUACCAACCAAAGCAAACCCUGCCGACAAAAAGAAAACAAAAUUGCCUAGGAAAAAAGCAGACAUAAUUGCUGAAGAAAAUCUGAAAGUACAGAAAGCCAAAGUGGAAAAUAAAGAGCAGGAACAGUGGAGUACCCUGUGUGGAUCUAUCGAAAAGGAAAUUAAGACCAAUUUUGCCGGUGGACUAAAACGGUUGGAGACUUUUCUCAAGACCUGCCAAAGCCAGUCAGUAAAAUUUCUUGCUGAGGUGGUAGGAUUGGAUGCCUGCUUUAAAGCAUGGGUGGAGCACUGCCGAAAAUCAGAGGAAAAAUCAAAAGAUUUGGACAUCGCAGUGCAGGUGAUGCAAAGGAUCCAUACAAUCUAUGGAAAAUACCAAGAACACUUACAGAAGCCCCAUCUACAAAAACUGGCUAAAUAUCUAAAAUACCUUGGAUUUGACAACUUGGCAUGCUCACUAUCUUCUCAGAUAAUGGAGAAAGGCAGCGACAAGGAGAUUUCAAAGUACUCGGUUCAUAUGGGAGCCGCUCGAUUUCAGCUGCAACAGAUGGGGCAUCAUUUGUUCAGGGAUGAGAGAUCCGAUCCAGACCCCAGAGUACAGUAUUUUAUACCAGACACGUGGCAGAGAGAACUACUCGAUGUCGUGGACAAUAAUGAGUCAGCUUUGAUCGUUGCCCCGACUUCAUCUGGCAAAACAUACGCUUCGUACUACUGCAUGGAGAAAGUGCUGAAAGAGAGCGACGAAGGGGUGGUUGUCUAUGUUUCUCCAUCAAAGGCUCUUAUAAAUCAAGUGGUCGCAACUAUAUAUAACCAGUUUACCAAAAACCUGCCUCAAGGAUUAGUAAUAUACGGAGUUUUCACGAGGGAUUACCGCACAGAUGCCAUGAACUGCCAGAUUCUCGUGACGGUACCCGAGUGUUUAGAAAUCCUGCUGCUAGCCCCUCAACACCAGCAAUGGGCUCAGAAGAUCCGAUAUGUCAUAUUUGAUGAGGUCCAUUGUCUAGGCGGAGAAAUCGGAGCUGACGUUUGGGAACACAUCCUUGUUAUGAUCCGCUGUCCCUUUUUGGCUCUGUCUGCAACCAUAAGUAACCCAAAACACCUCACUGAGUGGUUGCAGUUGGUGAAAAGGUACUGGCAGAAUGUGGAAAACACAACAGAAAGCUCCGUAUCAACAAAUGCCGUGAAAGGUUCAAAGAAACAAAAGGUUCAAAAGGCAGACAAGAAAUCACAUAGAGUUCGACUUGUACAGUAUGAAGAGAGGUACAAUGAUCUAGAAAAAUACGUGUGCUCUCUAAGGAAUGAUGACUUCGCCAUUGAUCACUAUCAUCCGUUUGCAGCAUUAACUGUCAGUCAUAUUGAAAAAUAUGGAAUUCCCUCAGACCUUGCUUUUUCCCCACGAGAAAGCAUUCAGCUCUAUGACGUCAUGGCAGAUAUAUGGCAGGAAUGGCCCAGAGCACAGGAACUGCAUCCUGAAGAGUACAGUGCUUUUAAGAAUAAAGUAGUGAUCACUAAAGCCGAUGCAAAAAAUUACGAAAGGGAGCUGAAGAGAGAAAUAACCAGCUGGAUUGAGCUUGGCCACAGAGAAAAGGUGGAUCAAUUAUUGGAGAGUCUUAAACCUCAAAUUGAUGAUAAUCCGGAAAAUGAAAAAGUGAAGUUCGCACGUUUCGUUGAGAAACUAAAAGAGAUUGAUAAAUUGCCUGCAAUUUUUUUUAUGUUCCAAGUCUCUUCAGUACAUGAUUUUGCCAAGAUUGUAAGUCAGUAUUUGGAGGAGAAACAGAAGAAUAAACAAGAUUCAAAUGUUGAGAAACAAGAACAAUAUUUAAAAGAAAAAAUCAAGAAGCUGGAAAAAUCCAUGGAAAAAACAAGAUCAGUAUUGGAAAAAGGAAGUUCCAGCAAUAAACUCGAGAGCACCAUUGUCACGUUUGAGAAUGAAAAAAGUCAGUUAGAGGAGAAACUUGCUAAACUUACCGAAAUUCCUCCGGACUGUACUUUCGCUAACAGUAAAGCCGUAGAUAACGAAACCUGGACCAAGAUCUUUAAUCGUCUCAAGUAUUCGGCAAAUGGCAAAGUGCUGACUGAUCUGGCGCUCCGUGGCAUUGGCUACCAUCAUGAAUUCAUGAGAAUCCGAGAGCGACAAGUGGUGGAGAUGCUCUUCAGGUUGGGAUAUAUCAAGGUUGUGACGGCUACUGGAACCCUGGCUCUGGGUAUUAACAUGCCGUGCAAAUCUGUCGUCUUCCCUCAAGAUUCUGUCUUCCUGGAUUCCCUCAAUUACAGACAGAUGUCCGGGCGUGCAGGAAGACGAGGUGAAGACCUCAUAGGAAAUGUGUUCUUCUACGAUAUACCAAUGCCCAAGGUUGGGCAGCUGUUGAAGUCGAACGUCCCGCUGCUGAAAGGCCAGUUCCCUCUGAACAUCUCCCUGGUCCUGCGACUCAUGCUUUUGGCCGCAAAGGCCAGUGACAAAGAGGAUGCCAAGGCCAAGGUGUUGUCCGUGCUGCAACAUCCAUUGAUGGCCUUCAGAAAAGAGAAGAUCACGGAACUGUUAAAAGUGUACUUUAUAUUUUCCUUGCAGUUUCUUAUCAAAGAGGGAUAUCUGGAUCGAGAAGGCAACCCCAGGGGAUUUUCUGAACUGGUGGCCAGUUUGCACAAACACGAGCCUUCAAAUUUUGUGUUCGUGAGCUUUCUCGAGAGGGGCUUAUUUCACAAGCUGUGUAAGCCAACCCAUGAGGGCUCAAAAGUUUUUUCUGAAGAUAUAAUGGAGACACUAGUGCUCAUCCUAGCCAAUCUUUUCGGAAGACAAUAUUUGCCAUCCUCCACAGUUUCCCAAUCAGAGGAGUUCCUGGGCGAUCUCCCGGAAGACUUUGCCGCCGCAGUGGAGGAGUACAACAGCAAAAUCCAGAAGAACUUCGGCUAUUUCCUGCUUACGGUCUCCAGACUGGCCGACAUGAAACAAGAAUGCAAACUGCCUCUGUCAGGAAUCGAUUUUGCAGGUACAGAAUUCAAGGACUCAGAGCUGGUGUCUCAUCUACUGAACGGCAAGGAGAGCAGAACCGCCGUCUCGCCUUUUGCUUGCCUCUCUGAACUGGUAGACCAGGAUCUCUUUGAUACCAGCGUGGUAAACGAUGCGAUCCUGCGAACAGUGGGGGUGAGUUCUUCCAGGGCUCCUGUGUUCUAUUUGAAGAAAUUUGACGAGCACGGGAGAAGAUGCCCGCUCAAUGCUUAUGCCCUUGACUUCUACCAACAGGGCUCCCUGGAGUUCGUGACUCAGGAGAUGUGGGAUCUACUCAAAAACUUUACACAUCUGAUCAAUUCCAUCAGGACAUCGUUAGAAGAACUGUGUGAGAACGAGGAUGACAAUGUUCUGCUGGCAUUUAAACAACUGAGUGACAGCUACACUGAAAAGUUUAGCAAAGUGUAAUGGCUAGGGACAAAGAGCCAUCUCUUUCCUGAUAUAAAUAUAUGCUGUACAGUAUAUGAAAAUCAGAAGGUGACGGUUAAAUAGCCUUCUCUUGUGCUUUUUUUUUUUUUUUUUUUAAAAAAGGAGACCUUAAUGACCAGGUACGCUCUUUGGAAGCUUUAAAUAGUCUCACUGGAAAAAUACAAAAUGUUGUGGAAGUGCCAAUUUGUCGGGGGGAUUGUCCUGUGACCACUUUUAAGGCACUAUGAUAUGGCUGGCCUCUGUGAGCCGCGAUGCACAGAGUGCUCUGCUCUCCUUUCCCGGGGUCUUGCCCCGUCCUCCUCUGUGGAGCAGGCAAAUGUAAAUCCCGCUUCCUGUGACUUUCCUGCACUGUGGGCUUAAAUCCAUUUUAGGUUACGUCUUAGCACCCGGAAACCAUUCACGUGACUUCCGUUAAAGCUGUUCCGCUUAGCAUUAUUAGGCCGCCUUUAUCGUUCACUACUCCCAAAUAAAUAUCACUCGUUCACUCGUUUCCUUAAA